AUGUUCGCACUCAACUCCAUGUUGCCUGUGCUCUUCGCAGCUGUGGCAUCCGCGCAGCUCACCUCAAAGCUCACGGAGAUCACCGACUUCGGCCCUAACCCGCGCAAUGUCUCGAUGUUCAUCUACGUGCCGGCCAACCUGCCGCCAAAUCCCCCGAUCUUGGUGUCUCCCCAUUGGUGCCAUGGUACGGCCCAGCAGGUCUUCGAUUACCGGCCCUGGGCUUCGCUUGGUGACGAAUAUGGGUUUAUCUCGAUCUAUCCCAAUGCUUCAACGCUGAAUACGGAUCAAUGCUGGGAUGUGAGUAGCCAAGAGUCGCUCACCCACAACGGAGGAGGCGACGCGCUAGGCAUUGUAUCCAUGGUGCGCUGGACUUUGGAAAAGUACCAUGCAGACAAAGACCGUGUCUUCGUUACCGGAACAAGUUCAGGCGCGAUGAUGACCAACGUCCUUAUUGGUAGUUAUCCAGAUGUAUUCGCAGCGGGAAGCGCAUGGGCCGGUGUACCCUUCGGUUGCUUCGCUGGCGACGGCUUCGACGUCUGGAGUGACGCGUGUGCUAGGGGCCAAAUCGUCAAGAACGGACCGCAAUGGGCAGCUCUUGUGCGCAACGCAUAUCCCACGUAUCGCGGCUUUCGACCGAAGUUCCAAACACUCCAUGGCACAGCAGACACGGUACUUUAUCCACAAAACUUCCGUGAGCAGAUCAAACAGUGGACGAGCGUGUUUGAUGUGAGCCAGAAACCGACGGAGAUUACCGAGGACGUUCCUUUCGAAGGAUGGACGAGGUUUCGUUAUGGCGACAAGUUCGAAGCGUACGAGGCAGGGAGUGUAACGCAUGAUAUCCCGACGGAUGCCGAUACGGUGAUGGACUUCUUCGACUUGAAGUGCAGCGGGCCGAGCUGCUUCUCGAGGCCCAGAUCGGGUAACAGUACAUGGUAG